AGACACGAGAAAAAGGAGGGGGAGAGAAAAAAAAAAAGAAAGAGAUUAAUGAAAUAAAAAUGGUGGGAGUGCAACCAAUAUUAUUAGAGUGAGUGAAAUGCGGAGUGAGAGAAAGAGUAACAGAUUAACAGUAGAAGGCAGCAGUGAAAUAUGUUUGGAAAAAUACAUUUACGUUCUGUUUUAAUCACAGGACUCUUCUGAGAUGUUUUCAUCCAUUCACUCUCUCUAUCUUCGACGCUAGAACUGCUGCCUUUUUACCUUACUAACACAAAAUAGUUUCGGUGAGAAAAGUGGAUGUGUUAUUUCCUGAUUUCAAUGGAAGGGUUUUCAUGUCUCUGUCUCUUACUGAUACUCUCCUCGUUAAGUGAGUGUUAGAAGCUGAGUGGAGUACAGUACAGUUCUGCGACUACAACUGCAAACGUCGACGUCCUCUCUUGCCUGCAUUUGUUGUUACUUUUCACCUAUCCCUUCUCUUUCACUUUCCUUCUUCUCUACUAGACUCUUCUCAUUUUCGUUCUUGCCCCCCUAUCACUCGUCAUCUCGAUGUUCUUUCUCACUCCGUUAAAUGUUCUUCUAGCUUGCCGACUGUGUGUGUGAUUCUAGUCUUGUUUAGAUUGGUCUGUUAGAUGUGCUUCAUUUGGAUAUUUUUAAAAAUACACGUUUAUUCGGAAGACGUUAUGUAGAAGUAGAAGGUGUAUUAUACCCUUGAUGGUAUACCAAUACACGUUUUCACUUAAUUGUAUACAUAUACACUGGAUACCUCCAGAACAGUUAAGAAUUUAACUGGAUUAUAAACAAAAAUAUGUAUGUUAAAUAGCAAUUAGGAUAAGUUUAAAUUAACUGGCCGAAAAAGCAAAGGAAAUUCAGGAGUACCAUCAUAACUGAAGGAGCUGUUAUAUCUCUUAUUUAAAGGAAAUAUUACAAUUUUGAUCUAUGAAACGCCAAAAACAAUCCGGCACUGCCGGUAAAGUGUCGGCUUUUUCCACCACACAUUCGCAAAAUUCUGGACCUCACACUACGAUCGCCAGGGCUAAAGCCUAUGGAUUAAUGCUGCACAGAAAUACUCGUAUCGGCAUAGCAGAUGUAAAUCCUUAUCUCAAUUGUAUCCUCUGUGGGGGUUAUUACAUCGAUGCUACGACAAUCAUAGAGUGUUUGCAUUCUUUUUGCCGAACAUGUAUUGUCAGAUAUCUGGAAAGUAGUAAAUUCUGCCCCAUAUGUGAUGUAAUGGUGCACAAAACCAAACCGUUACAGAAUAUACGACCUGACAACACAUUACAGAACCUCGUUUACAAAUUAGUACCGAGUUUAUUUAAAGAUGAAAUGAAACGCCGACGUACAUUGUAUUUAUCUCUUUCUGCUGAUGAGAUUGAAAAUUACUAUGUUGAAGCUACUGGUGAGGAUUGUGGUGAAAUGACUGAUGAAAGAAUAAUAUACACUGAUGAUGAACAAUUUAGUGUCUCACUCGAGCUCACACCAAACGGGCAACCUCCUGAUGUGGACUUUGAUCCUCUAUCAGAUACUAGACAGCCCGAAGACCGCCGAUUUCUGUCAUGUCCUGCUACGUUUCCAGUUAAGCAUAUCAAAAGAUUUAUUCGAAUAAAGCAUUCUCUUCCUGAAAAAUACCAGAUUGAAAUUUAUCACACGGAUGAGCCUCUUGUUGACACUUACACAUUAAUAGACAUCGCUUAUAUUUACAUGUGGAAAAGGAAAGGUCCACUUCGAUUAUUUUAUUCAGUUUCAUAUGAACCAAUUAAGAAACGAAAAAUAGAAAUGGUAACAAAUUUAAAUGAAGAAGUGUCCGUUCCUGAAUGCUGUAAGGGCAUAGAUGAAACCAUUCACAAAUCAGUCACAUUCGCUGAAUUAAAUCAUGAAGAAGAAAAUAUUCAAAACAAUAAUUCAGAGACAAUAAAUCCUCCCAAGGGAGAAUCAGUAUCACCUCUACCAUUGUUACCUGCUUCUUCCCAAUAUUUACAGCAAACGAUAUCAAAAACCCCAGAAGCAAAUUCUUUAGAGACUGUGCUAAAUGAAUCAACUAAAAGUAUAUUACCGAACAUAAAUGAACACACCCAGCAGGAUCUAUCAGUAGAGAUGCAACCAGACUCUACUAGAAACUGUGAACAGAUAGUAUCAGAACAUAUUCCACAAGAUUCUCCAAGACACAUUGAACAGGUUUCACUAGAACAUCUUCAGCAAGAUUUAGUUGAAGACAUGCAAGAAGAUUUACCUGAAAAUGUGCCUCAGCAUUCAUGUGAACAUGUGCAAGAUCAGCCACCAGAAGACAUCGAGCAAGAAUCUCCUGAAACUAUCCAACGCGAGUCUACUGAACACAUGAAAGAAGACUAUCUUGAACAUAUGCAAGAAGACUCUCCUGAACAGAUUCAGCAUGACUCUCUGGAACAGCCUCAACAAGAUUCUCCUGAACACAUCCAACAAAGCUCUCCUGAACAUAUCCAACAAAGCUCUCCUGAACACACUCAACAAAACUCUCCAGAACAAAUUCAUCAAGAUACUCCUGAACACAUCCAAGAAAACUCUCCUGAACACAUCCAAGAAAACUCUCUUGAACAAAUCCAACAAGACACUCCUGAACACAUUCAACAAGACACUCCAGAACAUAUCCAAGAAAACGCUUCUAAACACAUCCAACAAGACACUCCUGAACACAUCCAACAAGACACUCCUGAACACAUCCAACAAGGAACUCCUGAACACAUCCAACAAGGAACUCCUGAACACAGCCAGCAAGAUUCUCCUGAACCGACUCAACCAGAUUUACCUGGCCAUAUUCAACAAAACUCACCUGAACACAUCCCACAAGUCUUAACUGAAGACGUCCAACCACAUUUACCUGAACACAUCCGACAAAACUCUCCUGAACACAUUCUACAAGAAAACUCCGAGCAAGAAUUAUCUCAAGACAUUCAGCAAGGCAUAACAGAACAACCCCAACAAGAAAUACAAGAAACCAUGCAACAAGGUUCUCCUGAGUCUAUUCAGCAAGAUACACGUGACAAGGUACAGCAAGACUCACUAGAACAGUCCCCCAAAGAUUCCUUAGAGCACACGCAACAAGAUUUACCAGAUCGCAUACACAAAGAUGCAUCUAAACCUAACGUACAAGAUUCUUCAGAACAUAUCCCAACAGUUUCCCCUGAACACGUCCAUCAGAUUUCCCAUGGAACAAUACAACACAACCCACUACAAUCACAAGAUACACCAAAAAGCAUGCAGCAAAAUUCACCUGAAACUGUUCAUGAAAAUUCUUUGGAGGCUGUUCACCAAGACUCACCUGUACCAGUUCAACAAGAUUCACCUGCGACAAUUCAGCAAAACUUGCCUGUUCCCAAUCAAAUUGACUCGUCUCAAGGUUUUCAGCAAUGUGUACCUGAAACUGCUCAGCAAAAGACUGUUCAGCCCAUUGAAUCCAAACCUUCUCCAUAUAUGGAACCAGAGUCACCAUAUACCCAAGAAAAGAUGCAACAGGAAUGUCCAUUGCUCAUGCAACAAAAGUCAGUACAACAUAUGAAGCUUUCUCCACGACAACAUUUAGAACAGGAUUUACCUCAACAUUUCGAUGACAAAUCAUACCAACAUUUUCAACAUGAAUCACCUCAUAAAAUACAAGAAAGUUCUCAACCGGUUCAACAAUUACUAUGUCACAACAUGCAGCAAAGAUCACCUCUAAAGGUGAAAAAAGAAUCACCAAGACUUGUACAAGCAAAAUCACCUCAACAUAUUCAACAAAUAUCCUCCCAUCAUAUGCAAUUAGAGUCAGCUCAUCAUUUGCAAUGGGACUCUCCACAAAGCUUGCCACGAGAUUUACCACAACAGCUACAAAGAGCAUCACCAAAACGUUUUGAGCAGACAUCUUCUCGACAUUUACAACAGUCAUCCCCCAGAAAUAUACGGCAAUCACCUCCAGGACAUUUACAGCAAACUUCCCCCAGACAUGUUCAACAAAUGUCUCCCAAACAUGUACAACAAUCAUCACCCAGACACAUACAGCAGUCAUCUCCCAGACAUAUGCAACAGUCUUCACCAAAACACAUGCAGUCAUCUUCUCGACAUAUAAAACAAUCAUCUCCCAGACAUGUCCAGCAAACAUCUCCCAGACAUGUGCAACAGUCAUCUCCAAGACAUAUGCACCAGUCAUCUACUAGAUUCUUGCAGCAAUCCUCAACAUGUUUGCAGCAAGCAUCUCCCAAACACCAAGAACAGAUAUCUCCCAAGUUCUUACAGCAUGCAUCCCCUCAGCAACUACAGCCAGCAUCCCCUCAACAAUCUCCUAUGCCAUCACCCGACCAGAGUCCAGUCGCGUCACCUGAUCAAUUGUUUCUGCAACCAAAUGAUAAAAUGCUUGUCCAUUCAUCUGAAAAAUUGUCCAUAUCCUCUCCUGAUCAGCUGUGUAUGCCUUCCACACACCUAUCACCAGUUCGAUCCCCACACCUUUCACCUUUGCCUGCUUCGCUUCCUACUCCGUUGCCGACUGUACAAGAACGAAACCAGGAGCAUCAAAGCAGGGCAUCUUCACGAAAGAACAGUAAACUCUCAAAACAAUGCCAUAUAACUGAAACAAUGCAAGUGACGCCAACAACUGUUCCUUUAACAUCACAUCAAACAUCUACAAAUCUAAAAAACCUAUCCCUACCACCACUGAUGCCUCUUGUUUCAAAACCCUUGCCAAAGCCUACAUUAAUUCGAGUACCGCCAGUUCAUGUACCACAACCUCAGUUAGUGAAAUCACAAAGAACAGCUGAACAAAAACUAAAACAACAAUAUCGAUCAAGAAUAGUGCAACAGACAGACCAUCUUUGUGAACACCAGAAAAGUCUUUUGGAACGACAAGAAGAAUUACAAAAAGAAUAUUUGAAAACACAAGAAAAAGAACAAGUAAUGGAACAACUGCAACACCAUCACCAGCAACAUCAACACAAUUUACAUCAACAUAAGCAGCAACGCAAGCAAUCACAUCAGAAACAACAUUACCAGCAACACCAAGAACAAGAAUUCAAACAUAGGCAGCAGUAUAUACACAACCAGCAUCAACAUCAACAUCAACAUUGUCACAUGAUGAAGCAAUCUUUACAUCAUGGAGAGAGGUGCCAACAACACUGUAAAGAGCAAAUGAAAUCGAUGUCUUCAAAUAGAAAUGGUUCACCUUAUAAGUUCUAUCCUGAGCAAACAGAACCACUUUCAUUGAAAAUUGAAGUUAAAGGCAAAGAAUUCUGCAGUGGUCACAAAAGUAAUGGCAAGGCGCCUAAAUUAUCUGAAAAAAUUGUCCCUUCUUGCAACGUGAAUGGCAGCAGAUGUUGCAUAUCAUGUAAAAAUGAAACUCAUUGUGUAUCUAACAUGAUGAAUCCUUUAUCAAAUCAUACUGUAACUAAAUUCUUGGUUACAGGCCCAAUCUAUACUCCGCUAAAUUUAAUAAAUGGACAGAUUGAAGAUAGUGCGCCAUUAAAUCUGAAAAAAGAACCAGAAAAAACAACAAAACAGCCACAACAGACUUAAAUAAUGUCCUAAUCGACGUGAAACUGAAUAUUCCUAUACAUGUAUGUAUGUAUGUAUGUUUGUAUGGAUGGAUGGAUGCAUGCAUGCAUGCAUCUAUGUACGUGUAAAUAUGUAUGUGUGUUUAUAUAUAUAUAUUUAUAUAUAUAUAUAAAGAGAGAGAGAGCGAGCGACAGAGAGAGAAAAAGAAUUGAAAGUGGGGAAAGUGGAGAAACUUUAUGCUAACAUUUGAUGCAGUUUCACCACAUUACGAUGUGCGUUUACUUACAUUCAACAAUACAUAUAUGUUUAUAUAUAUAGAUAAUGCACACAAACAAACACACAUAUACGCAUCAGCGCACACAUGCGUAAUACAUACACAUGCACACACACACAUAAACAUAUGUAUAUAUUUGUACAUGAACAUUUGUAAAUGCUAAUGUCUACAUACAAAAAUCAAGUCUAAUCAUUUGGUAUUUGCCAUGACUUUGAGCCACAUGCAGCCCGAUCGGUAGGUCCUUAUAGGUCGUUGUUGGUUAUUCAACGAUUAACAAUGACCUGCCUUUCAAGUCACAUAUACUGAGCUCGACGAUUUACCUUGUGUCCACAAAGCUCUUAGUAACCGCUCAUCUACAAAUAUAUACUCUACAUUAUAUCCUGGAUACUAUUUCCUAGCUUCGGGCACAUAAAUAUGUUUGAAUUUAUAUAUAUAUAUAUAUAUAUACACACACACACAUACAGAUGCCUACAUAUAUAUAUGUAUAU